AUAAUAUUCAAUAUCAGUAUAGUCUCAUUGUCAAUUUGAACACUGUUUAAGUGAUAUCUAUACAAAACUAACAUUGAGCUGUGUAAUUAAGUAACUACACUUUUCGUUGAUUAACUACAUAUACUCACUAUUAAUAAAGCUGCCAAUUAUAAUAGGAAUUAACAAUUAUAAACUAGAAUAAACUAGCAUCACCUACAAUAAACUAUUAUUAGAAAGCUUUAAGAUAUGGAGGAUAGAAGUAAUAAUACUGGAAAUGAAAAUACAGAUGAUUUCAUUGAAAGCUUUGGGUCACUUUUUAGAACGACUAGGAUAAUAGGUCUCGAAGCCAUGGAAAAGAAGGAUGAAAAGGUAGAAGAAAUCAAAAAAAUUAUGGAAGAAAUAAUGUCUGGUAAAGGAAAGUGGUAUAGAGGUGUUAAAAUAGAAGGAGCGAUUCCGAUCGCAUUGAAUAUCAACCAAGAUCAAUCAGGAACUCACUUCACACUAGAAAAAAGAGAAUGCCAAAAAACAUUCGAGGCCAAUGAAGGAUACAAGUUUAAAGAAAUAGUUGAGUCUUUCGAUCCUUAUGUGAGUGUGCACAGAUUUGAAGAUAAUGACUGUGCAAAAGUGGUCUCAAUUUACGAGGAAGAUAGAAUAGGCCUGAUGACAAUUACCUUGGAAAGUAAUACACUUAUGUACCUUAAAAAAGUAGAAGUUGCUGGCGAUUCUGAAGAUGAAACAGAAUCUGAACAAGAAUCUUAAAUAUACAUAAUAUUAUACACUAUAUAA